AACAGAGCAGAGCGUUUUGAUUGUAGCCCAGCGUGUUAGCAGCCAGCCAGGCAGCCAGGCAGGCAGGCAGGCAGUAGAUAGACCCUGAGAUCCUGGAACUAAACCCUGCAGUCCAGCGUCCUUCUGACACCCCGGUGGCGGCAGGAGACACAGAGAACUCGACUCAGUCCCCCUCCGGCCGCAUUCCUGCACACAGAUGAGUGUCCAGGACUGCUGUGGGCUCCACUGAGGGGCCGCCACUGACUCACUUGCGGUCCACCUUACUGCAGACUCUCCGAUAGCAAUCCUAUUAAGCAAGACUACGAGUCCCAUUUAAAAGAUGGAGGAGGGAUAUGAACUUGACUUGACCUACGUGACAGAGCGCAUCAUUGCCGUGUCCUUCCCUCGUGCCUGCUCCGAGGAGACUUACCUUCACAACCUGAGGGAUGUCACGCGCAUGCUCAAGUCCAAACAUGCGGACAACUACCUGGUGAUUAACCUGUCAGAAAAGAGACAUGACCUUUCAAAGAUGAAUCCCAAGACACUUGACACAGGUUGGCCUGACCUGCACGCUCCCCCCCUGGAUAAAAUCUGCACCAUCUGUAAGGCCAUGGAGAGCUGGCUGCAUGCUGACCCGCUCCAUGUGGCGGUCAUCCACUGCAGGGGAGGGAAGGGCAGGAUUGGUGUGGUCAUCUCCUCAUUUGUUCAUUUUACAGACAUCUCCGCAAGUGCUGACCAGGCCCUGGACCGCUUUGCCAUGAGGAAGUUUUACGAUGACAAGGUCUCCGCACUGAUGACGCCCUCCCAGAAAAGAUAUGUGUGGAUCCUGAACAGCCUUCUGAGCGGCUCGAUGAAGAUCAACGCCUCCCCUCUCUUCUUGCACUGGGUCAUCCUCCACGGGAUCCCCAAUUUCGACAAUGCUGGAGUCUGUCGUCCGUACCUGAAGGUUUACCAGGGGAUGCAGGCCGUCUAUUCCUCUGGAGUUUAUCUCAUCGGGCCCGGCCACAGGAACAGGCUAUGCAUCGCCCUGGAGCCGGCACAGCUGCUGAAGGGAGACAUCAUGGUCAAAUGCUAUCAUAAGAGCAGUUCCUCCAACAGGGACAUUAUCUUCAGACUGCAGUUCCACACAGGAGCAGUGCAAGGCUACAACCUCAUGUUUGAGAAGGAGGACAUGGAGUGUGCUAACAAAGAUUCCAGAUUUCCGGAUUAUGGAAAAGUGGAGCUAGUGUUUUCCGAGGGCCCAGAGAAGAUCCAAGGUGCGGAGCGCUGGCAGAACGGCCCAGAUGUGACCGUGGACUACAGCUUGACCGACCCGCUGACCCGAUGGGACUCCUACCAGAACAUCUGCAACGGUGAAGUGCCUCAGUCCCCGCCGCAGGGCUCCCCUCUGGACAAAGCGGAGGCGCUGGCCAGCCGAAGUCCGAGUGACAGCAGCUCCACGCUCAGGAGGGCGGCCGGCAGCGGCAGCGGCAGCGGCCUGGCCUCGGCCACCAGCAGCCCCGAGCACAGCGACCACGCCCUGUCGGCCAGCAGCGACUCCGGCCUGUCCAACGCCUCUCUGUGGACCGAGCGCGGCUCCUUGCCGUCCUCGUGCGCCACCACCACCACGACCGCCGUCGUCGUCACCGCCACCGCCAGCGCCGGUUCCGGUUCCGCCACCAAAGCGUCCGGCCCCAGCCAGCAGGAGAGGGCCGAGCUCCAGCGCCUGCUGAGCGGCUUCGGCCUGGACGCGCCGGCCGGCAUGCUCCACGGGGGCGGCGUGGUGGAGGUGGAGGUGGACGGCGGGGUGCCCGCGGGCGCCCACAGGGCCACUCACCAGGCCCAGGUCAUCCACAACCACAACCACGGCGGCGGCAGGCCGCAGAUGCCGCCCAAGGAGCGGGAGACGGACAUUCUGGACGACGAGGAGGGGCUCCUGAUGUCCGGCCACGACCUGCGCAGCACCGACAGCCUGGGCACGCUGUCCUCGUCCUGCCACGAGAGCAGCCAGAACUCGCUGCUGUCGGACGGCUUCGGCAGCCCCGGGGGGCCGGAGGAGGUGGCUGCCCUCCAUCACCACCACCACCAGCAGCACCACCACCAGCAGCAGCACCACCAGCAGCACCACCACCAGCACCUCAACAACAACCACCACGGCCACCCGUAUCUCCAGCACCAGCAGCACCAGCACCAGCACCCACACCAGCAGAGCCAGCAGCAGCAGCAGCAGCAGCAGUACCACCACCCGGCGGCGGGCGGGGCGGAGGAGUACGAGCGGGCGUACGGCGAGGCCCGCCGCGGCUGCCUGGGCCAGAGGAGCGCCUCGGUGCCCGCGGCGUCCUCGCCCUCGCCCUCGCCCUCGGCCUCGCCCUGCGGCACGGGGCCCCGCGCCGGCUCCUUCCGCCAGGGCGGCUACUCCACCCACACGUGGGUGCAGCAGCAGCAGAUGGUGGCGGCCCAGCAGUACUCCUACCUGCCCGAGGAGGUGGCCGGAGAGGUGCCCGCGUCCGCGCCCGCGCCCACGGGCGGCUACCGCCACGUGGGCGAGCAGUCGCCCGAGCCGCCGGCCGCCGAGCGGGGCAACGGCACGAGCGCCGUCCCGGAGACGACGAGCGUCUCCCACGCCGCCGUGGACAAGAGCCGCGACGAAGAGUUCAACUCGCUCACGGUGGACAUCGACAACUCCAUCGACCAGCUCAACCAGCUGAUCAUGGACCUGGACCCCACGUUCGUGCCCAUCCCCACCCGCUCCAGCUCGGUCAAGAGGAACGGCGGCGCGCCCGCCAACGGCCCCACCACCGCAUGCCCCAACGGGACCACUCACAGAGUCAGUGGACAUAGCCGAGCCGCGGUGCAGCAGCCAGCUGUCGGCCCCGGUGAUGUGCGUCCGGAAGGUGGACGCAGUCUCAGCAGGCAGGCCAGUGAUGUCCCGGACCACCCAGGCCAGCAGCCGUGGGGACUGAGGGAGGAGUUCGGGGAGCGGGCCACAUACCCCUCCUCAUGUGCGCCGCACACACAGCAUGGUGGAAUUUACAGGGCUGAAAGUCUGGACUACAGAAGUCAGAGUGUGGAGCUGGACAGUGGUGUGGAAGCUGGCAGCGACAUGGUCCCCCCCACCCCCUCCUUCCCCAUCUCCCCUCCCACACCUUACGUGAAAAACAUAUCAGACUUCCUGCAUCUCAGGCAAACUCCAUCCCCCAGCAUGCAAAUGUAUGGAGCCUACAGGCCAGAUCUUGACUCCAGGGUGUACACAGACAUCAUGGGUCACUCCUCAGAGCCGGGCCUGCCUGACCACUCCCCCGCCUGCCACCACACCUUUGGGCGCUCCGCAACCCUCGGAGGAACUCUGACCCGAACAGACAGCCUGGUCCAGUCUCCGUGGCAGGAGAGCCCGCUGCUGUGCCGCCAGGCCUCCCUGCCCCCCCAGCGCUCCGGCGCCUCCGACUUCGGCCACCACCAGUCGUCGCCGCCGGGCCACCACCCUCACCCGGCGCCCAACGCCCACAGCUCGCCCCGGGGCAGCCAGCGCAGCCGCGCCGCCCGCUACGCCUCCUGCCGGAGCCCCGCGCGCAGCUUCGACGAGCACGACGGCGGCCUGGCCACGCCCUCCGACCUGGGCCCCGCCGCCAGGGGCCUCCUGGUGGAGGCCACGCAGGGCCUGAGCGCGCAGCAGCUGCACCAGCAGGCCCACGCGCCCGGUGUGGCGCCGCUCCACCACCAGCCCCUGCACCACCAGCCCCCGCUGCUGCCCGAGAAGAGGAGGGCGUCGGACGGGGAGCACUCGCUGGGCUCGGCCUCGCCGGCGCUCAGCGGCUUCUCCAGCCCCCACAGCGGCAGCUCGCUCAGCAUCCCCUUCCCCAGCGUGCUGCCCGAGAUACAGGCCCGCGGCACGCCGGGCACCUCCUCACCUCUACCUGAUGUGCUGGCAAGCAAACAAGUGACUGUGAAGUUUGUUCAGGAUACAUCCAAAUUCUGGUACAAGCCUGACAUCGCGCGGGACCAAGCCAUCGCUGUCCUGAAGGACAAAGAGCCGGGCUCUUUCAUCGUGCGGGACAGCCACUCCUUCCGAGGAGCGUACGGAUUGGCCAUGAAGGUGGCCACACCCCCGCCGUCAGUCCUACAGCAGAGUAAGAAAGGAGGAGAUCUGUCCAACGAGCUGGUUCGUCACUUCCUCAUUGAGUGCACCCAGAAAGGCGUGCGGCUGAAGGGCUGUCCCAAUGAGCCCUACUUCGGCAGUCUGACUGCGCUGGUGUGCCAGCACUCCAUCACGCCGCUGGCGCUGCCCUGCAAGCUCAUCAUCCCGGACAGAGACCCCCUGGAGGACGUAGUGGAGACCACAACCCAGUCCAUCACCAACUCCGCCACAGAGCUCCUCAAGCAAGGGGCAGCGUGUAACGUGUGGUUCCUGGGCUCGGUGGAGAUGGAGUCCCUGACGGGCACGCAGGCGGUGCAGAAGGCCACGGGCGAAGUGCUCAGCAUGAGCCCGCUGCCAACCUCCACCGUGGUGCACUUCAAAGUCUCCUCCCAGGGCAUCACACUCACUGACAAUCAGAGGAAACUGUUCUUUAGGAGACACUAUGCCGUGAACACCGUGAUAUUCUGUGCUCUGGACCCCCAAGACAGAAAGUGGAAAAGAGAUGGCUGUGCUUCAGCGAGGAUAUUUGGCUUCGUGGCCAGGAAGUCAGGAAGUGCCAUGGACAACGUGUGCCACCUGUUCGCUGAGCACGACCCGGAGCAGCCAGCGAGCGCCAUCGUCAACUUUGUGUCCAAGGUCAUGAUCGGCUCCCAGAAGAACUAGUGUGGUCACCCUAGUGCAUAUGAGAGGGGUGAUCAGGGGCCGAAAGUGGUCAUUUAUACUUUCCCCUCGGAGAUGACCGCCAGUGGCCAUGCGUGGCCUAUGAGCAGCAUGCGAGAGUGGAGGCCAGUUGCCAUAGUGAUACAGUAUGGGAGAGCUGUUUGUUUUGUAUACAAGACUUUGAUCUUGACAAAACAAGACACAAGCUGUACUUUAAAAUUAGAGACCCAUAAUCAUGUAUGUAUAUUUAUGUAUUAGUAUGUUAUGAAAUCCAUAUUUAUUUUACUAUCCAAACCAUUUCCAAGUGUUGUUUUUUUUUCUCUAAGUCUGAAACUGUAUGUACAUGUGAAUUAACUCUGACUAUUUGAAGCUAUAUCAGGUAGCCGCCAGAAAACAUAAUGAUACUAUCAGAAACAGAGUGUAAAUGACUGUAUGCUGUGAUAUAAAAAACAGUCCAUUCUAAAGAGUCAGUGAACUUUACAACUGAGAUGCAUACAGUAUGUGCUGCUUUUGGGUGUAACUAUAUGAAGUAGCCUACUACUUCUACGUAGGCGUACAAGAGACAUUUUACCAAUUUCGUUGUGUAUGGCUUCUUAUCUCUGGGUACUCUUGAGGCGUCACUGACAGAAUUUGCGGUCAACCAAAGUUGUUUCAAAAACAAAGUUAGUAUUGUUCCAAAAUGGGCUCCAAUUUACAGCAUGUAUAUGCUCAACUCCACAGUGAGCAAAGCUAGAGGUUAGCCUCCCCUUAAUCUAUGCAAAGGAUGUAAAUAAAAGCAUUAAAAUUGAGCUAAAACUGGCUAAAUAUAUGCACAUCUCUUUUAUGAUUUUAGUUUCUGUAUUUUUGCCCAAGUAUUUCUUGUUGAGAAGCUUUUGAGAUGUGAUUAAAGGACAUGGAUAUCAUAGCAAUUUAACAACACAAGUCUAUUUUUGUAUGUCAACCCUGAUAUAUGUAUAUGUAUUUAUGAUUAGAUGAAAUUAUAUUGUCCAUGAAUACACCCAAACCAUGAUGUCACAGAAUUAAGGAUUCAAAUGUUGAAGAUUUAAUCUUGACACCGGCAAGUUUUUGUAAUGUGAGUUAAUUCCCUUCGAGCAUUUUAUCUAAUAAUUUGCUAAAGUUAUAUGAUGUCUUGUAUUAUUUUAAUAUCAUACCUUACAAAGAGGCUGUGUUCAGAAGAUGAAAAUAUUAUGACCGUAGAGCCGGCAUCAUUUGCAUCAGUUUAGUUUUAUAUAUAGAAUUGUCUAGAGGAGUAUACAGCAUGGUGAUCAAAACGUCUUGUUCUGAAAUGCUAGCAACAUACAUGUAUCAUGUAUACUGAUCAGAUGCUUGAGUAUUCCAAGCUGUUUAUGGUGUUCUGUGUCAUUAUUCAGUGCUGUUUCACUGAGGGCAUAAUAUGGCUGGUAUGUUGCUGUAAAGUAAAUGUGCUGAACAGACAUUUGAAGACAUUUGGACACUGAGCUUUUAGCAAUUUGGUCUCAAACUAUGUUUAAAAAAAAUAAUAUUCUCAUGAAUGAUAUACUUAUGACUUAUGGGACCAGAGAGAAGUAUGGCGUUGACUAUGAAUGCGUAUAUUCAUGGCAUUUGAUAUUUGUUAAGAUUCUGUAUUCUAUGAACUUGCUCAGUUGCCAGAGGACACUGUAUUGUAUUUUCUAUGUGUGUUUCUUGGUCUCCAUGAACUGUGGCCAACCACUCGAUAUAAGUGGCAUUAUAAGAUAUGGAUGUAAAUAAAUAAAAAGGGAUGUCAUAAGCAUGA